CUAAUCACGCAGGAAAGGGUGUUUCAGGCUUUUUUUCGGGUGUUGGUAGUCUCUUUCAAGGUAAAGUUGAGUUUGAUGUGGCGUUUGAUCCCAAAAAAUUACAAUACAUCAAAGCAUACGUUAUUAGAGAUAAAUGGGUUGAAGGGUAUUUUAAUCCCAAAAUUAAAGUAUGUGAUUAUGAAGGAAGUAAUUGUUAUGAACUCCAUAGUGGCACAUCAUGUCGACAAAUAUACGGAACACAAUCAUCAGGCUCGGGAGUUUCAGCAGCAGUUUUUAUUGAUUGGGAUGGGGAUAAAGUCACCAUUGGUGGUGAACUUGCCGGAGGCCUUAAGUGGGAGUGGGCAGAGGGUGUAACCGCAGAAGAAAAAGAAAAGUUUGCUAAAUCUCCCAAAAUAUGUGCUUGCAGUCAAAAAGGAGCAUGUAUGUCUGGAGUAAAUGCAUGGGGUGCUAAAGCGUUUGCAGGAGCCAAUAUUUUUAAUCCCGGAGAAAUGGCUAAAGUUUGUGAUAGUUGUUCGUCCUGGAAAAAUGGAAAGCAAAAGAUACAAUGUGCACCUAUUCCUCUUGCACCUGGACCUCCACCAUUUUGUGAUCAACUUAACUCCUCAACUCCGCAGGUUAAAAUUGUGCCAGUUAGCGCAAAUGAUAAUGAUUAUUUUGAUCCAAAAGUUAGGGUGAUAAUUACUGGAUUAGAGGAAGCAAGGAGUUUAGGUUUUUCAAAAAAGAUUUCAGAUGGUGACAAGAAUUAUUUAUCACAUCGCAUUGAAGACAAGAAUACUAAUUAUUACUUUAAGACCUACAGAGAAAAAAGUAAACUCUGUGCCGAGUAUCACGGAACUCAAGCAAUAGAUAAUAAUAGCUUACAAUUUACGCGUUGUUUUCCCGUUCCAUCUGUGCCACAAGCUGAAAUAGUAAAUGUAGAGGAUAACAAUACAUUAAAAAUUAAAAUGAGAAUGAGUAGCAAGAUAUGUGGAAUUUAUGGUACCUAUAGCAAUGGUAUCUGUACUUUUAAUAUUCAUUAUGGUCGCGAGACAAGUAUAGGUCCUUUUCUCUUGAGGGUAACAAAACCGGCAAUGAACAAAAAAGGCCAAGAUAAAAUUGAUGAAGCAUUAAAUAAGAUAUUAAGUAAUGAGGCAAGAUUUAAAACACUGCAAGAUUAUGGUUGCGUCCCUGGAAUUAAGGUAAGAUGUAAAUACCCUGACCCUAGUGACAGCAAAAAAUGUAAGUUGGAUAAUUUAGGAUAUCCACAAAUUGAAGUAAGUUAUCAAGAAAAUGGGGAGACUGAUAAAGGAAAUAACAUGCUUUGUAUUUCUGGUUAUCAACCAGAGCCUGAAGAGUUUGUACUUGCAAGGCAGGAAGAGCUAAUACGAUUGAAAUUAAUGGAUAUAGGCUACACUAAAUAUGUUCCUGUUUAUUCAGAAGAAUCAAAGAGCCUUUAUUAUCUCGCGCGCAAUGAAACAUUUGAUCUUUUAGCUCAACCUCAGGAUAAAUUGGAUAAAAUAGUAUUUGAUAAGAAAGAAUACAUUGCCCUUCCCGGAGAUAGGAAUAAUGAGGGAAAAGAAUUAUGCAUUGUGCAAACAGAUAGUGAGAUAGAUGGAAAGAGAAACAAUCAUAACUGUAAAGUAGUAUAUAAGUUAACAGAUUCAGAAUAUAAAGGACAAUGUAAGCCAGGAGAUGAUGGAUGUGUUAUAAUAAAUAAUGCAUAUACUCGCUCAACUAGAUACGUUAAAAAAGACACCGGUGAGCCAUUCUAUUUGAAAGUUUCACAGGAAAGCAAUGGCGAUAUUAAGCCAGAAGAAAAGCCAAUCAGGGCAAAUAAAACUGAGGUUUUCUAUGCUGAUAAGUUAUGUACAUUUGACUUGAAAGGUUUAAUUCAUGAUUUGAAUAGAAUAGUGAUGGCACACUUACAAGGAAAAAAGACAGAGCAGGAAGAUAAAUAUAAGAAACACUUCGAUCUUGCGCGUAGUGGUGAAUACACUGAUGAUUUGUCAAAAUAUGAAUAUGUUGAAAUAGAAGCAUGGGGUGGUGGUGAAGCAGGACACAUAUCUGGUAAAGCUCACUCAAGAGAAAAUAGCAUUGGAAUGCCAGGUGACUACAUUAAAGCCAAAUUGAAAGUUGAUCCCAAUUAUCCCUACUUUAAAGCAAUUGUUGCGGAAGGUGGUGGUAAUGCCACACAGUUUAUAACAAAUAAGGAUGGAGGACCAACCAUAAUAAAAAUGUGCAGCAAUGACAGAGGAGGAAAGUGUAUAAAAUUAGUAACUGCCGCAGGUGGUGAUAAAUACAAAGAGCAUGACUCAACAGCGAAAAAGGUGAAAACGAAAAUCCAUAGGGACUUACAACAAGGCGAAACUCAAAAUAUAAAAGUUGCAAGUCCAGAAAUGAGAAAAAAUAAACAAGUAGCAUAUAUAGUGUAUGAUGCAGUACAAAAUACUGGUGAAGUACAAUACGAAGCAGUCAAUCAAUGUAGUUAUGAUUUUAAAAGCAAUAUGCCUGGAGCAGGUGGUUGUGUUGAUAAAAGUAGAGGUGUUUACAGUAAAGGCUCACCAGGGCAUGUGAUUAUUAGACCUAUGAGGAAUGAAAUUAACAAGGACAAGGUAAGUAAGGCUAUCAAUGACUUAUUAGAAGAUAAAAAUGAAGGAAUUAAUAUUAAUGAUGAUCUCAUUAAGUCUCUAGAUCCGACAAUUGCUAAAAUGAUUAAAGAUAAA